AUGACUGAUUGGCUUGAAUUAGAAAGAAGGUUGCAAAAGAAUCAGACAAUUGAUGCAAGAGCACAGGUACAAUUGAACAAAGAAAAAGAACACUGGAAACAUGUGUUACAUAGGAUAAUUGCUAUUGUGCAAAGACUAGCAAAAAAUAACUUGGCCUUUAGAGGAAGUUGUGAGAAUCUUUAUGUUGAAAACAAUGGUCUCUUUCUGCAAAUGGUUGAAAUGAUUGCUGAGUUUGAUCCAAUAAUGAAUGAGCACCUUCGGCGUAUUAAAGACCAUGAAACUUAUAUUACAUAUCUCGGUAGCAGAAUUCAAAAUGAAUUGAUAGAAAUGUUGGCAUGUGAGAGAUGGAGAAUUUUUAAAGAUCAUGUAAAGGGUUUGACAGUUAAGCCAUUGUCACAAACACGCUGGGAAAGUCAUGUUGAGAGCGUGAAACCUAUAAAAGAACAAACUGCCCAAAUUAGAGAUGCUUUACUUGACUUAACAAAUGAUACUGAAGAUCCCAAAACAAAAAGUGAAGCAGAGUCCUUGGCAUUAUAUGAACUUGAGAAGUUUGAAUUCUUACUUGGUGUGGUAAUUUGGUAUAAGUUGUUAUUCGCAAUUAACACUGUGAGUAAAUUUCUUCAAUCCGAAAAUAUGGAUAUUGAUGCUGCUAUCAAACUCUUGCAAGGAAUUAUUAUAUUUCUUGAAGAGUAUAGAGAAUCUGGUUUUGAUAAGGCAAUGGUUGAAGCUAAAGAAAUGACAAGUGAAAUGGGCAUUGAAGCAGUAUUUCGAGAAAAGCGAGUUGUUCGUAGAAAAAAACAAUUUGAUGAAAGUAGUAGUACAGAAAUAGCAUUAUCAGCAGAGGAGUCCUUCAGAGUUAACUACUUUCUCUUUAUAGUUGAUCAAGCUCAUUCAUCUAUUGAGUCUCGAUUUGCACAAUUUAAAAAAUAUUAG